AUGUCAGUCAACUAUUUUCGAGACAUGCAGCCAGCAAGUGCUAUUGUAGUGGAUCGCAGAUUUGGGUCAAAUGCAUCAUUUCCUGGUUCUUUUGGAGAUGAUCAGUUGGUAGAUCCAUUCUCGACAAAUACGCCUUUUGGACCUGUUUCUACAGUACCAGCAACACUUUCCAAACCACCUACUGAAAACGCAUUAUCGCCACGAAAACCGUAUGAUCCUUUGGCUGGCGCAUCUAUUGGCAUCACUGAUUUGGUUGCGAAAAUAUUCAUAAGUCAUCCAUGUACAGUUUUGAGACGGCAGUGUCAAGUUCAUCAAUUUGCCAGAUCACUUCAUCUUACGCCUUUUACUUUAAUCCCUGUCGUUUAUAAAAUAGUUAGCUGUGAGGGACUUCUAACUUUAUGGAAGGGUGCUGUUGGUUCAGGUGUUCUUUGGGGUUUAUCUAUUGUUGGCGAAAUAUUGCUUGCCGAUAUAUUUGGUCUUCCACGGCAUUAUAUAAAGCAAGGAAGCGUUAAGAAGUAUUGUCACCACCUUAUUUUAAAAGCUUCAACUACAGUUUGCAUAACUCCAUUUAUUGUGUCAACUUUCAUCGAAACUGUCAGGAGCGAAAGUGGUCGCUGUGAUGAGUUCCAUAUAAUGGAUAUAGUGACAAAUGGAAUAAGUCGUUUGCGACUUGACUUUAUUGGGCCAAGAGAUAACAGUAAACGUUUCUCGUUAUUAUACCUUUUAAUACCGACGACUUGUUUAUUCACGUCGCACUAUUUGAUAACGAUCAGUAUCUAUGACUGGAUAUACGUUUUGGCCAGACGAUAUGUUAAUCGCAAACCGUUGUAUGAGAAGACUGUUUUUGAUCAUCAUUUUCCGCAGAUAUUUGCAACCUUGACAUCACAAAUGCUUGCUGAUUUUGUCUUAUACCCAUUCGAAACAGUAGUUCACCGUCUUUAUAUUCAAGGAACACGAACAUUAAUAGAUAAUCUAGAUAAUGGUGUCACGGCUAUCUCAAUAUUGGCAAAAUAUGUUGGAUUUUUUGAUUGUUUGAGGACAGUCAUAAAUCGAGAAGGCUUCUGGUCUCUUUAUGCGGGUGUUGGAGCACUUGGUUUACAGUUCGCUUUACAUUUAUGUUUGCUUCGUUUUAUUCGGAUAAUGGUUAAAUACGGGAAUCGGGCGAUUAAUGCACAGCAACUAGAGGGUAUUGCUGCGACUAGCAGUACAUCAUCCCAUCGAUUGACGCCUCUGCAAUUCGCUGCAUCACCUCCCGGAAAUACUGCAACUGAAUUAUCCGCACCCCCUACAGACAGCAUCCUUGUUAGUUCUGGAGCAAGUUAUCCAGCUUUUGGACAAACGAUCAGUACGUUUGGGCGUACUUCACCUCCACUAUUUGCUUCACCUACACUAUUUGCUUCUUCUGCAUCAAAUAUUCUCGCGAAUUGGCCAUCUACGUUUUAUCCAGAAACAAAUACCAACCAUUAGUUUUGAAAUAUACACCCUUCAGCCAUGAAUGCUUUUUUCAUAGUGGUUUAAGAUUGUUGUUACAAGCUCAGAAGUUAUGGAAAGUUCAAUUUUUAGACCUGUCAAGUAGCGGUUAUAUUAUUUGUGUAGUUGUUGAAAAAAAAUACCAAAAACGCGUUUUACUCGGAGUCGAAAAUGGGGUAACGUCAAGGAAGCUAUAAUGUCCUGUUCAGUUUGGCUGAAUCUAAUGAUUUAUUGCCUAAUGCAUGACUGAGGCUAUUUAGUGAUGUUGGAAUGACUUUUAUAAUCGAAAUCGAAGUAUAAUUUUUUCAAAUUUUAAGGCAUGUCUGUGUUUUAUGCAAAUUUAAAUUUCAGUUGGAAUUUGUUUAAAUUUAG